AUGUCACGUGAUCAGAGAACACAAGAUUUAAAGGAUAGGUUGGCUUGUCAAAAUAAUAAAGUAUGUGCACUUAAAGACAAAUUGGUCACAUACGAGAAAGAUAUCGCGAUGAAAAAUGAUUUAAAAUGCCAAUUAUACAAUUUACAAAAGUGGAUAGAAGAUGUCGAUUUUAAAGUAAAACAAUCGAACAAUGAUGUGUUAAGCAUUAUUAACAAACAGAAACAAAAGAUAAAAGAGGUUGAAACGCAAGAAUGUAAGUUGCGAUCGGAAAACACUAAACUGAAUGACUCUAAUGAUUGUAUCACUGAAAAGUUAUACACACUAAAUCAGAAAGAACAAACACUAAUCGUCGAGAUAGAGAAAUUGGAAUUGUGUAAAAUAAACAUUCAAAAUGAACUAUGCAAUGCUGAGACCUGUGUAAGCGAAUUAAAACGUCUCAUUGAGAGCUUGAAAAGAACGCUAAAGACAAAGGAAGAGGACUAUGACAAAGUACGGAAACAGCUUGCAGCGAGUGAAGCCGAGUGCAAACGCCUGUGCCUGGCAUGUAAUGCCGCAAAAUGUGCGCUGGAACGGUCGAAGGCGGACAUAGCGGACGUCAAGUCACGGUUGAAAAAGGCUGAAGAGUGUCUGAAGCGAGAGAGGACCACGGUUGCGGAGAAAUUGAAGGAAAAGGAACGAGAACUAAAGGCUGUCAAGUUUGAGUUGGAGACGGCCGUCCAGACGGUGACCGAGCUGAGAGCAAAAGUGGAAAAGUUACAAGCGGCGAUUGCCGAACUACGGGAGACGAUGAAUCGCGAGCGGAGCGAGACAGAGGCAACAGCGCGCGCACUUAGGGAGGAGAAUUGCGAGGCAUCAGAUAAGGUGUGUCAGGCCGCCGAAGAGCUGGCCAGCGCCCGCCGCGACAACGAGCAAGUUACUUCCAAAAUCGAGUCACUCAAGUGCCAGGUGCAGACCAACGAAUGUCAGCUGGAUGAGCUACGCCAGUUGUCCGAGGCGCGUAACCGAGCCAAGGACGAAAAGUGCGAACAGCUGGAGCGAGAACGGAGUUUUCUGACCGAAGACCUACAGUGUAAAAAAAAAAAGAUCGCCGAUCUGGAGCGACAGUUGUGUCGUAUGCGCGAAGAAGCUCGUCCGUGUGGCGGUAUAAGCAGCGCUAUCAGUGCGGGUAUGUGCCCGAGUAUUACCGACUGCUGUCCGUCCGACGACUUGAUCAACCGGCAGGAUAUACUUAGCGAUUCCAACGAAUCGUCUUUCAUCGACGUUUUAAAGAGACUAUACAGCGACCUGAACAACAUCAAGGUUAAAUCCUGCAAAACCGAUACCACCAGCCCCAUAUACCCCUGA